AUGACUCUGGACCCUGGCCCGCCGCCGAUUCUCGAAAAAUGCGCACAGGCACAUCGCUUGGUGCAAGGGUUUUUGGCAGGCUCCUUGCCCCUGGCGCAUCUCGCCUCGCUAGAGCCCCCAUAUAUAGUGCGCCCCCCGCGUAGACAAGUGGUUCGAGAGAAGGUCAAAAAGUCCUUGGAGGUGCUUGAAUCUGCACUUGAAUCCCACAGCCUCGAGGAAAUUGCUGUCUCGUACAAUGGCGGCAAAGACUGCCUCGUCAUGCUCACUUUGCUCCUAGCUGCCAUUCACCGGAAAGUCUCGCUGGGUGCUCGGAUACCUGCCAACUAUAAGCUAGAUUCCAUCUACGUGAAUUCAGAAAAGCCGUUCCCGGAGCUCUCUCGCUUCAUCGAGCUGCUGGCCAAAGAGUAUCUGCUAAACCCGAUCACCAUCAGCAGCUCGAUGAAACAGGGGUUUGAGCAGUAUUUGACCCAGGUCAACUGCAAUACAAAGGCCAUUGUCGUGGGCAUCCGGUACGCAGACCCGUACGGGGCGCUGCUCCAGUACGAGCAGGAGACAGACCACAACUGGCCCAAGUUUUUGCGCAUCCACCCGAUUUUGCACUGGCACUACUGCGACGUGUGGGACUUCAUUUUGGCGUGCGGCGUGCCAUACUGCGAGUUGUACGACCAGGGUUACACGUCUUUGGGCGGCGUGGACACCACGCUACCGAACAUAUUUUUACGCCUGGGCGACUCGUAUUUGCCAGCGUACAUGCUAGAAGAUUUUGCCGAUGAGAGAGAGCGUGUGGGACGCAUGAAGUCUCGGUGA